AUGAUGAGGACGCCUUGUAUCUGUAGCUUUUUGUUUGGCUUCUUUCUCAUCUUCUCAUCCAUCGCUGCUCAAUUAGACUACGUUUCUAAUGCAAAUCUUUCAACCACAUGGACCAACAAUGAAUCUUCUAUCCCUUCCUCCAAUUCCCCAGAUGGCUCAAGGAUCAGAAUCAUUCUCAGUGUAAAACACAGAUUCGCUUGUGGCUUCUUCUGUAAUGGAACCUGCACAUCUUUCCUCUUUGCCAUUCUUUUCAAUACAAAUGAUCAUGUGAUCCUUUGGUCAGCCAACCGAGACAAUCCAGUUGGGGAAGGCGCAAUCCUGAAUUUCACUGCAGCAGGAGAAUUGAUGUUACAGGAUGUCGAUGGAAGCAUAGUUUGGACUACAAACACUGCAGGGAAAUCUGUUGCUUUCAUGGACCUAACUGACAACGGAAACCUGGUAUUGUUUGAUAAUACUAAAUCGAUGGUGUGGCAAUCUUUUGAUCACCCAACAGACUGUUUGUUACCAGGGCAAAAAUUAUUUCAAGGGCAGAAGCUCAUACCCAGUGUUUCCUCAACCAACUGGACAGCUCAAAAGGAUUUAUACCAUCUAGAAGUUAUCUUUCAAGGUUUGAUUGCUUAUAUUGGCAACCCACCUCAAGUCUAUUACAGUAACUUUCCAGAUAACACAAAUACACAUAUACGAAGAACUUUUAUUGAGUUAUUUAUUGAUGAGAGUGGGUCUUCCUCUUUUGAUAUUGUUACUGGGGGAGGAGGAAAUGGUCAGCUUGAAUUUGGUAACCAUCCAGGAUUCUCACCUCUGUAUAUAAAGCUAAUGCCAGAUGGGCAUUUGAAAGCGUUUGCAUGGGAAUGGAAUCUUCAGAAACCAUUGGAAGCUGAUAUGCUAACCAUUAAUGGCUGUUAUCCUUUUUCUUGUGGGAGAAAUGCCAUUUGCUUGGACUUUGCUAAUCAACAAUGUAUUUGUCCGGAGACAGACUAUUUUAAAGCAGUGGAUGAUCAACAACCCUACAAAGGUUGCUUUCCAGUUACUCCUCUCACAUGUAAUGCUACGCAAGAUCAACAUUUCAUUGAACUCAAGAACAUCAACUACUUUGGUGAUAUCGUGGACAUGGAGGUUAGGGAUGUAGAGGCUUGCAAACAAGCGUGUUGGAACAGCUGCUCAUGCAAAGCAGCUAUAUUUGAGUACUCUUCGAAUUCUUCAUCUGGGUAUUGUAGAUUACCUUAUGAGCUUUUUACCAUGACACGUUUUGAGGCAAAUGCAAAUGAUCGACUUCAUGCUUCAGCUUUUUUAAAAGUCCAGAAUAGAACAUCAACUCCUUCAUCUAAUGGGUUCCAUACUCUUGGUCUCAUAGGUGGAAGUUUCGUGCUGUUUCUUAUUUUGGUCGUUGGUUUUACUACGUUCAUACUUCAAAAGAAAAAAAGGGGUCGUGAAAUAGAAGAAGAGCAUCUAGAUCAAGUGACAGGAAUGCCCACUCGGUUUUCCUAUCAAGAAUUGAAAACAGCCACAGAUAAUUUCAGUAAAAAGCUUGGUCAAGGAGGAUUUGGAUCAGUUUUCCAAGGGACUCUUGAAGAUGGCUCACAGAUUGCUGUAAAAUGUCUUCAAGGUCUUGGGCAUGUUAAGAAAUCAUUCUUGGCUGAGGUUGAGUCCAUUGGCAGCAUUCACCAUGUGAAUCUAGUUCGUCUUAGAGGAUUCUGUGCUUGGAAAUCAGAACGACAUCUCGUCUAUGAAUUCAUGAGUAACGGAUCAUCAGACCAGUGGAUCUACGAUGGAGACCGAAACCACAUACUUGGAUGGGAAUUUAGAAAGAAAAUUAUUCUUGAUAUAGCUAAAGGUUUAGCAUAUCUUCAUGAAGAGUGUAGGCAAAAAAUCAUCCACCUCGAUAUUAAACCUCUAAACAUACUCUUAGACAAUGAUUUCAAUGCCAAGAUAUCUGAUUUUGGGUUGUCUAAACUCAUCGACAAAGAUCAAAGCAAAGUGAUAACUACAAUGAGAGGAACCCCUGGCUAUCUGGCUCCAGAAUGGUUGAGCUCAUUUAUCACCAAAAAAGUGGAUGUAUAUAGCUUUGGGAUCGUUCUCUUGGAGAUCUUAUGCGGAAGGAAGAAUUUUGAUAGAUCUCAGCUGGAAGAUAGUUGGCACUUACUUUGUGUCUUUCAGAGAUGUUGGGAACAUGAGACAUUGUUAAAUAUGGUCAAGUAUAGUGAAGAUAUGGAUGGAUGUGGUUCAGAAGUCGUGGAGAUGAUGAAAAUUGGCUUCAUGGUGUUUGCAAACUGA